AUGGUUCGUAAAAGUGAGAAAGUCGUUGCUGGAGAAAACUUUCGCGCUAGAAACGAUUCUAUUACAACAAUACAAAGUGACACUCGCUCAGUGCGUUCGUUUUCGAUAAGUAGUUAUCGUAGUGACGUCACUGAAACCGCAUCUUAUAAGUUGACUUCAUCACCAACAGCGUUCACUACUCCACUCUCCCCGUCCCAAUCUACAUCAUCACCAGCCCGUAAUACUCAAACGACUUCACCAUCACCGACGAAUUCGUAUCCAAGGUCUUCGACACCACCAAGUCCGCAGUCUGGUAGUCCCACCACUCCGCAAUCGCCGUCUUCUGAAGCCCAUACUUUCGAAGAUGUCAAAACCGUUACUGAUGCUGACAAUACAAGUGAAAUAAAAGAUACAGACGAUGCAGAUGGCGUGAAUGAGGCGGAUGAUGCGAGUGAAACUAGUGAUGCUAUCCAGGAAUCAGAUCAGGAGAUUCUUAGUCCAAGAUUUAAAAUAGGCCCUCCAGUUCUUCCUCCGUUGAGUUUCUCUUUUGAGGACGAUCUGGUCAAAAUUAUCGAAAAUACCAGAAGUUCACGCCAGAACAGCGUGAGAAAGAGUAAAUUAUUUACCAUGGACGACGCAGCUUUAUUGCUGGCUAUGGAAGGAAAAAGUGUGGACAUUCUGGGUCUUGGUGAAGAGGCGGAAGUGGAAGAUGUGUUGACCAGAGAGCAUGAAAGAAAAGAUAUACCCAGAGUUAUGAUCGAAUGCGAAGAGGAGUCAGCGACGGCUCUAAAAGCCGAGUUGAUUGAGACCAAGAAAAAACUCAUUGACGUUUCGAACAAGUAUCAAAGAAUAAAGCGGAUUAGCCGAGAGGCUCUCGUUAUCACCCAUAAUUCUUACACUGAAGAACGUGUUAAUCGACAUGAAGCCGAGGUAGUCAUAGAAGAGUUACAAGCGAAACUGGCAGCACGGAAUAAGAAAAUUGCAGAGCUAAAACAAGAGAAUGAUGCCAAGGAUAGAAUGAUAAAAGACUCACAAGCGUUGAAACUACAAUUGGAAGAGAUGCGAAGCACUUUGAAAGAUUUGAGUAUGCAGAAGGAAUUGUUGCUUAAAGAAAUCGAAGGAUUGACUAAAGAGAAAGAGGAUGGAGUGGCAAACAAUCCCUCUUCUCUUGUUCGACACAUUUCUACCCACCUUGACGAAGUGAAGCAAUCAUAUAUCUCUGAUAUUCGAUCCCUGCAGACUGACAGCGACUCUUUACGUAAAGAAACCGAAAAUCUUCGCAUAUUGCGUGACCAAUGCAUCGAAGAAGCGCGAGCUCUAAACGAGAAAAAUUUAGAACUUGCUGACUUGAAUAAUGAGCUGAUGCAACAGAUUGAUGCACAUCAGAAAACUUCCAAGGGUGCACUUAACGGGUUCGGUUUCUUCAGAACAAGGCCAUCUGCGACGGACAAGGAGACAUAUGCAUGCGAGCAUGCGAGGACAUCAUCUGUAGCCACUCUCGACUCGAUGGUUAGUAAUGAUGGGGGUAAUAACCACUAUAAAGAAGGUACACAAGUUUUGGCAAUACAACGUGGUGUUGCGCAUAGAAAUAGCAUCAACCGCGGCGAGACGCCUAAAAAGUUCAAGUGGAAGAAGGGAGGCGUUCUCAAUAAAUUCCUCCAUUCGAGUAAUGAUGAGAAUAGACGAGCGUCACCUAGUGUAUCGCCCACGUCGACUCUUACCGGCAAUGAGCAGCAGGAACCAACCACUUUCUAUCGGUUGGUUAAAUGUGAACAUUGUUCAGAGAAAAUCUGGGGAAUCAACAUGGAUAUGCGGUGUUCUGCAUGUGGGGCAGGUUGUCAUCAGAAAUGCGUUAGUUCUUGUACAUCCUCCUGUACCGGAAGUCUAGGAACGUAUGCAGACGAAAACGAAAGCAUUACCAGUAUUACUGCUACGAUAUUUGGCAUUGAACUGCAAAAGCAGCUUGAGACGGAAGGAAGAGAUAUUCCAUUACUUGUAGAAAAGUGUAUAAAGGCUGUUGAAGCAAGAGGUAUGGAUUUUGAAGGCAUAUACCGUAAAUCAGGUGGAAUGUCGCAAAUGAAGGCUAUUAUAAUGGCAUUUGAACAAGGGGAAGACCUCGAUCUCAACAGUCCGGUUGAAUUCAAUGACAUUGGUGCUGUCACUAGUGUACUCAGACAAUUUUUCAGAGAAUUACCUGAUCCAUUAUUCACGACAGGGCUAUAUAAUAAAUUCCUCGAGGCUGCUGCAUUACAAGCUGCAGAAGAUAAACUCGAUCGCUUCCGGCAGGUAAUAGCCAAGCUUCCCAAAGGCCAUUAUUUGACAGCCAGGUAUCUCAUGAAUCAUCUUUACGAAGUGAGGCAAGCAGGCUCGGAGAACUUGAUGUCAGCCAAGAGCUUGUCAGUGGUAUUUGGUCCAACAAUACUCAAAGGUCGCGAUCCCAAUACGGAGAUAAUAGAUAUGAAAUUGAGGAAUUCAGCUGUAGAGUUUAUGAUUGAGAAUGCACCCAAGUUAUGGCCCAAGAAUAUUGUUAUCAGAAAGGACGGGUUUCUAUGA